CCCUCCCAUCUCGGCGGCGGUGGUUCCCCCCCGCGACGGCCGCCAUGGCCCUGACGGCCGAGACAGAGUCCAGGCUCUACCGGUCGCUCCGCGCCGCCGCCGGCGCCGCCGCCCACCUCGUAGCGCUGGGUUUCACCACUGCUGUGGCCGUGCUGGCGCGGCCCGGAUCCAGCCUCUUCUCCUGGCACCCUCUGCUCAUGGCCCUCGCGUUCUCGUUCCUGAUGACAGAAGCCCUGCUGAUCUUCUCCCCGGAGACCUCGCUGCUCCGCUCCUUCUCCCGCAAAGUCAAAGUGUGUGUACACUGGGUCCUCCAGCUGCUCGCCUUCCUCUGCGCCCUCCUGGGGCUGGGCAUCAUCACCUACAACAAGCACCUGAACGGCAAGGCCCACUUUGUGACCUGGCACGGCCUGAUGGGGCUGCUGACCGUGCUGUACACCAGCGGGCAGUGUGCAGGGGGGCUACUCUUGCUCUACCCCAAGCUGAUGAAGAACUGGACGCUGGCCAAGCUCAAGCUGUACCAUGCAACCUCGGGGCUGGUGGGCUACCUGCUGGGCUGUGCCAGCCUGAUGCUGGGCAUGUGCUCUCUGUGGUUCACCACCUCGGUGACCAGCGUCUUCUGGUACCUCGCCAUGCUGUGUCCCCUUCUCACCAGCCUGGUUAUCAUGAACCAGGUGAGCAAUGCUUAUCUGUACCGCAAACGGAGCCAGCACUGAGGGCUCAGUGUGGAUCCAAACUUCCCCUGUGCAACCCAACAAGGCUGGGGUUCCCUCCCACAGUCCCCUGUGGGGGUCCCCUGCUUGCAAAGGAUCUCCUCGGUACUAGAUUUCUACCUACUCGUUUCUUGUUAGUCCUGGAUUGUCGUAGUGUCUUGUCCCUGGGGAGCUGCUACGAUGGAUGUGACACCGAGUGGGCAGGAGCUGCCCACCUCAUGCCUGCCUCAAUGGGGACACUUCCCAGCACAGGUAACGCUGCUGGUCCCUGCAGCAGCUUGGUGCUCGGUGCUGGGAACCGGAGGGUUCACUCAGGAUUCCUGCUCCUUCUCCUGUCGCUUGCCACCUGGGGUUGCUUUGGACCAGGCAGGACAGGAGCUGUCACAUUUCUGGUGAGGAGGUCAGGGAGUCCCUGCUCACCUGGGAGGCUGCAUCAAGGACUGCACUGCCUCUCCUGCCACAAAGGCAGCUUGGCCAGUGAAAGUGCAGGGCAUGGUUGUGGCUUCAGCCUGGCUGAAGUGGGGUGGCAGCACCCAAGGCAUCCGUCCCCACAGUGCAGCCCUGCAUGGGGACUCACAGCUCCAUGGUGUGGUCAGCCCUGCCCAAUGACUGUGGAUCCAGGUACGCUUUGCCACACACAAACCUUCCCACGGGCUGGGAUGGCAAAGCUUCAGCCUAGCAGGAGGUGGUGGGGGGGGUCAUUUUACAGAGCAAACUAGCGAGCUGAGAUGCAAACCAGCAGCCUGUGAAGGCAUUUUAUCCCUCUGAGGGACAUAGGGAACAGCAUGAGCACCAGGGGAGCAGGGCUCGGGAUGAGCCCUCAAGCAAGCCUGUGAAACAGCCCUUGGGAAGGCAGACAGCAACCUCCUUGCCUUGCCAGUGCAACAGCCUUCCAGCCCACCUGCUACUUGGGCAGCCAGGCGCUGCAAGGCUCCACCUCAGCAUGUAUUCUGCUCUCAGCAGAGCCAGAGAGCUGGGAGCAGCUCCUGGACUAGGAAAUUCCUCUGUAUCCAGAGCUUUUAUUCAAUAAAGAUUUCAGGCAGCUACA